GGCAAUCCGCAUUCGGUUAGUGGCGGAUUUGCUUGCUGCGUGGCGCCGUACCAAUCCAAUCCUUCCGUUCACCCGUAGUUCGGUACUUCGGUUGGUUUUCUGUCUGGGCGCGCGAGAUCAGCGGCCUGCCGAGGUGCGGGCGCGGUUUAUUUUCCCCGUAAUUCUCGGGCGUCUGCUGGCCCCCGGUGCUGCAUUGGGUGGACUUGAGCCUCGUGGUAGGACAUUCAGCUGGGUUUGUGUGAUUUGGCGGGCAAUGCGGAAGCAAGUCAACCAGGGGACCUGUUUUUGAGAAUGUGGGCGCGGGUAGUGGGUGAUCAAAAUCUCUCGGGUUUUGGGCAAAUUACUGUUGAUGUCAUGGGUUGCUGAUCAUCAGCCUAAGGAAACGAUAGUAGGUGCCUCAUACUUGGCUAGUAGAACACUAAUACGACUGGUACAUUGUUUUCCCCCAAUUUCUUUCUGGAAAUGGGUUGUGCCACAUUGGUUUCGUGCAUGUGUUGUCCAGGACUGCAGGAACUUCACACUGUUCUAUUGGUGUUCUGCUGGAACAAAUCAUCGGUUGAUCCAGUGACAUUAUUGGCCUUUUCCAGGAUCUUCACAUCCAGUAGGUGGUGGCUUGCCUGAACUGUCCAGAUCCAUGACAUUCUGUUCCGAUUUAAGGGCAGAUGUACUCCAGUAAUUCACAUUAUGACAGCAUCAGCCACUCUUUGGUUGUUGUACGUUUGUCAAGUGCUAGAAGAGCAACUGUAUUUAUAGAGUUGUUUCACAAUGGCCUAUGAUGGAGAUGAAGAACAGAGCCAGGAUUAUCUAUUCAAAAUCGUUCUGCUCGGUGAUUCCUCUGUUGGUAAAUCAAACUUACUAGCAAGAUUUGCAAGGAAUGAGUUCUACCCAAACUCCAAGUCCACUAUAGGAGUGGAGUUCCAGACGCAAAAGUUGGUAAUUGAUGGAAAGGAAAUUAAAGCUCAGAUAUGGGACACUGCUGGACAAGAGCGCUUCAGAGCAGUUACAUCUGCUUACUACCGAGGCGCUGUUGGAGCUCUCCUUGUUUAUGAUAUUAGCAGGCGCCAGACUUUUGAUAGUGUUGGUCGAUGGCUUAAUGAACUGCAUACUCAUUCCGAUAUGAAUGUCAUCACAAUUCUGGUGGGCAAUAAAACCGAUCUGAAGCAUGCUCGUGAGGUGAGCACUGCAGAAGGCCAAGCCUUGGCUGAGGCUCAGGGCCUCUUCUUCAUGGAAACCUCAGCCCUAGACUCGUCAAAUGUUGCAGCAGCUUUUCAAACUGUUGUUAAGGAGAUCUACAGCAUACUAAGCCGGAAGGUAUUUCAAUCUCAAGAGCAGAAGAGAAGCGAGCUGCAGUCAUUAAGCAACGGGAAGGCUGUGGUGCUGCAGUGCGAGACCAAUGAAACAAGCAGUGGUGGGAGUUGGUGCUGUUCCUCAUAACCUGUCAGCCCGUGUCGAAUGUGUAGGAUCGGGAGACACAUCUGGAUAUGUAAGGAUGUGCUUGUGAAAAGUUGUUUUCCAUGUUCUUGGUUCUAAAGAUGAGGUGGCGAGGCUGUUUGUAUGAAAGCUGUGUUUUCCUUCGGAGGAAAUCAAUGUAUAGUUCGAUUGAUCCUUGGGGAGGUAUUGAUAUACAUGAUUGUGUAAAGAGAAAAUGCGACCGACUGUUGUGUCAUUCUACA